GUAACAUGAAUAAAACUGAAAGUCAGCCAAUAGAUUCCCAGACAGCAAAGAAAAUUGUAGUAUGCUGCAGUUACUACUUAUUUAACUUGGUGUCUGUGCGAGGCUGUGGAACUGGAAACCUGUAGCUUCUAAAUUUUCUGAUCAACAAGUUGAUACUUUCCAAGUGCCAUGGACUGGGGCACGUUACAAGGUGUGAUCAGUGGAGUGAAUAAAUACUCGACUGGAUUUGGGCGGAUCUGGCUGUCUGUGGUCUUCAUCUUCAGAGUUCUGGUCUAUGUAGUAGCAGCAGAGAGUGUAUGGGGCGAUGAACAGAGCGACUUUGUCUGUAAUACCUUGCAGCCUGGCUGUUCAAAUACUUGCUAUGACCACUACUUCCCCAUGUCCCACAUUAGACUAUGGGCCCUGCAACUGAUUUGUGUCACCACACCUUCAUUGCUGGUCGUCCUGCAUGUGGCCUAUCGGAAAGAAAGGGAGAGGAAACACAAGAUGAAACAUGGAGAAAAUUGCACCCGACUAUACAAAAACACAGGGAAAAAGCACGGUGGACUCUGGUGGACUUAUUUGAUAAGUCUGAUAUUUAAAACAGGUUUUGAAAUUGGUUCUUUGUAUAUACUUCACAGCAUUUAUGAUCGUUUUUAUUUGCCUCGUCUAGUCAAGUGUUCUAUGUUCCCUUGCCCAAAUAUAGUUGAUUGCUUUAUUGCCAAACCAACUGAGAAAAGGAUCUUCACAUACUUCAUGGUUGGGGGGUCAGGUUUUUGUAUUAUCCUCAACAUUUCUGAAAUAAUUUAUCUAGUUUUCAAACGAUGCUUUCAAUGUUGUAAAAAAAAAGGUCCAUGAAAGAAGAGGUGAGCAUGUCAAAGAGAAAAGGAAACAUGAUUUUCAGAAACAGUAUUGAGAAGCAAAGCCAAGAAGAAUAUAACCUCAAUGGUUGCAAUGUCUUAAAUUAAAAUAAAAGGCAUUAUCUAUUUCAUAUGUUGAAAAACUGUAACAUGAUCAGAUCAAACAUGACAUUAUUGAAAACUAGGCAGGCUUGAGAUCUGUAUGACCUGCUCCUGCUCCUGUUACUAAUGUUCGUGAAGAAUAUUUGCACUAAUCUGCUCUCAUAUUUCUAUACCAUUUCAAAUGCUUCUGUUGUAUUGACCAAAUACAACUUGUAUCUAUAAAACCGUGCCUUCACAGGUGUUUGAGCUUACUCCAGCAUCAAAAGCCAAAUUCAGAUGUUUAUAAAGCUGUGAGUGACAUGAUGCCAUGGAAGCAGCAGGAAUAUUGGUAUGACUUGGUGUCACUGGUGUCAUUCGACCUCCAGAGGCACGAGUGGAGGUGACACGAUCAUUGAAUAAGUGGGAACAUAGGCAGAUCCAAUUCGGCAGUAGACAAACACUCAAGGAUAGAGGGAAACACAUUCACCAAUUGACCGACAAGAACAUAGUGUAGGUAGUUUUCUUUUAUACCUAUCCCCUGAGUUUAGCCGUAACAUGUCCGACUGGGUAAAAUCAGUUGGAGCUCAGAAAGUAGCACAAGGCAGAACUCACUUAAUAGUAUAUUAAAGCUGAGCAAAUGCUACAAAGUAAAAUAAUUACAAGCUCAACAAAUAAUGUAAAACAUUAUAUGAAAUAAGUGAAGAUAGUAAAACUCCUGAAAAAAGUGUUGUACACUAUUAUGAUCUCUCUAUUCUGUCUCUUACACAGCUUUAACCCUAAACUGUCUGCAUUUAUAUACCUCACUCUGACUCUGUAAGGUUUGCUGGGGAAUGGCAGAUAUUCCCUUCCAAGCUGUUCGUUCACAUUAAACAUUGCUCAUUCCAUAUGAUUUAGCAUUUAACUCACCCUGACAAAUGUAGUACUGUUCUGUCUGCAGCCUCCAGCAAGUUGCCCAAGCUUGUCAUGAAGCCUCUUUAUUUUAUAUUGUAUCAAUUUGAUUGAUGUAUCCUUUCAUUUUGCUUGCACCAUUUUCAUCCUGUUGGAUGUUAGAAGACCAGUAGAUGAAUGUUUGAUGUCCUACCAUUAGCGCAAAGAUGCUUUGAUGGGAAAAAGGAUUGAGAUUUUUUUCUGAUCUCUACCACUUUCAAAAGCUUCUUGGGGACAGGAGCAGACAUGCAGAGCCAAUUUGUUAUUUAUGGGAUGAUUUGUAACUUUUGGUGACAUUACCACAAAGUAGGAGGUCCCAGAGAAAUGUUUGUACAUGAAUAAACAACUACUUCAAGAUUUCCUUCCAGCUUACAGCCUGUUUGGAAAGGUCAGCGCUGACACUCUGGGACCCGUAUAACAUGCUUGGAUGGAGUUUUCAGUCAAUUUCCAUUCCCCAUUGAGUUAAUUAUUUCUUUCUAUAAGUGUCUGACUACCAUGGAAAGACCAUGCAUCAUCACUAUGUAAGCAGAAUGAUCACCACAGCAGACAUCUGAGCUUUUAGAAUAAAUGAAAUUAAGAUCCUUGAACUAUUGCAAGGAAAUAGAAAAGUACUGCGAGCGAUAUCGAUGAAAAUAAAUGUGGUUUUUAUUAAAUAAUGGACAGAACCACACAGUAUACCAGAAAAGUCUUUCAUUCUAUGUCUGCUGCUGGAUUCUUUUAUUAAUAAGAGAUACACUGCCAUAACCAAAUAACACUAGGAAAGCAAAUGCUGUUAAUAGCCUUGUGUAUCAAGCUGGGCAAGAAAGAAAAAUAUUGGCAUGAAACUAAGUGCUGUGUUCAUAUUUUUAAGUCACUACAGUUGUUAACUAUCCAGGAAAGUUGAUACAAAUGGAUGAGAAAGCAGGGAAGGAUGAUUGUGGCUAGGUGAGGUGAUGAAUGAGGAAGUGGACAUUACUAACUGCUCCAGUCAUCUCUGGGCUUGUUAAGCAGGAGGUUAAUGCCCACACCAGAGACAGUGCAGAAAGAGAGGCACAUAUCAUCAGAUCAGGAUCUUUUUUGUUAAUUGGGAGUGAUACAAAAUAAACAGUUGAUUUGCUUCACAAGUUUAGCAGUUAAAUUAACCCCAAAGUCAAUCUUUAUUGCACUCUCUUUUCCCAAGUUCCAUAAUUCUUAGGACAGAGUAUGAUGGUGUGAUGCAAUGGUAUAAUUUGGCCAGUCUAUUGUAAUGAGCUGAGUUGCUGCCUUUAAUAACAGACAUUUAACUAUUUGUGUGAUAAGCUUUUACUCUGAACUGUCCUACUGCUGCAAAGGCACUGGAAAUUAAAUAAUGUCAUUGCAUUUUAUACAAAGCCACUUCCCUUUCUUUUGUGCUUAGUUGAGAACUUGUACCAUUGCAAUGCUGUCUCUGCAGUUUGUGCCAUUAUUUCAUGACAGGAAAUUCCAGAGAAGCUUGGUGGGUGUGAUUGCACAAUAUUAGUAUCAUCCCUUGCUGCAUUCUCCGGCUCGUAGUUCGUCACGCAAAGUUUGCAUUCAGAAGCACAGCCACGUAGCAAAGUUUACUUGCCACUGAUGACUUGUAUGGAUUAUAACAUGUACAUUCUGCACUAUGAGCAUAAAAUGUCAAUAUCUAUUAAUCAAAGAGAAAGAAAAAGUAAAACAAAAUAUUUAAUUUUACAACAUGGUCUGUGGAGAAUCAAAUAUAAGGUGAAACUGCUUGGAACUGAAAGAGGUAGAACUGUCGACCAUCAUUCCUAUCUUCCAUUUGAAGUGUUUAUGUCUGUAUCCAAGUGUGUCCUUCAAAAGCAACAAACAAUUUGCUGGAAGAACUCAGCGGGACGAGCAGCAUCUGUGGGAGGAAAGGAAUUGUUGACAUUUUGGGUCAAAACCUUGCAUCCGCAGUCUCUUGUGUCUCCAGUUUCCUUUCAAAGUUUGUAUCAAAGGAAUCCAGAGAUUGUUGCAGUGUCUGAAUUUGAGAUACUGAAGACAAAGACUCUUAAAGUACUUAUAUUGUAUUUUUCUAUCUUGUUAUAUUUUGCAUUAUUGUUACAUUUGUAUAUAUGUUAGGAAAAUGUCUAAAUAAAUGCAUUAAUUUGAAA